GGUCACAUAAGUUUAUGUUCCUGAGGUGUGAAGGCCAGAGCGUAACUAUAUAAGUACAUUUAAGUGCGGAUGCUUUUGUGUUUCUACCGCUACUAACAUCAUGAGGGUCCUAGCUCUUCUUCUGGCAGUGGCCUGCGCUUGUGCCUCCCCUCACAGUCGGGCACUUUGGCAAUUUCAUAGUUUGAUUAAAUGUGCCAUCCCAAACAGUGAGCCCCUUAAAGAGUUCAAUAACUAUGGAUGCUACUGCGGCCUAGGAGGCAGUGGGACCCCUAAGGAUGCCCUGGAUAGAUGCUGUCAGGUUCAUGAUAACUGCUAUUCUGAGGCCAUGAGACUCUCCAGCUGUUCUGGCCUCCUUGACAACCCAUACACCAGGGAAUACAAAUACACCUGCUCUGGAACCACCAUCACCUGUACAUCUUACAGCGACGCCUGUGAUCAGUUUAUCUGUAACUGCGACCGUGCUGCUGCCAUUUGUUUCUCAAAGUCACCUUAUAACGCAGCCUACAAGGAUCUGGACAAAAGCAGAUAUUGUUAACUCUCUGCUCCCUUCCAACAUCACCAGACAUGGAAAUGAACAGUUUGACAUUGACGCUGAAUAAAGUGGGCUAAAGACGUUUUUGGUUUGCAAA